AUGCAGAGAGACACGUCGCUGGCAUCACCAUCUGCAGGCCCAAAUGCUGCGGUGGCUGUAGACCAGGAUGCCAGUACAUCAGGGGACCCAAGCAAGAGUGAGGCUGAGCCCCACAGCAGCCCUCAAACCCUGCGGAAACCCAGCAUGUCGAGGGUGAUUCUGAGGGCUGUGUCUGAGAAGGGGGUGCGCAGCCGUGUGUCCCUCGCUGCCUUGAAGAAAGCUGUGACCACCACAGGCUACAAUAUGAACCGCAACAGCUGGCGCUUCAAGCGUGCACUCCAGAAUCUAGUGCAGAAAGGCAUGCUCAAGAAGGUGACUGGCAAGGGUACCUCGGGCUCUUUCCGCCUGGGUAAGAAGCAAGCCUUCAAGUCCAAGGCCAAGAGACGCCAGCCAAGGGGGCGGAGGCAGAAGCCUGGGCAGCGCAAGUCUGGACCACGCCAGUCACUACUAGGCUCCAGAAAGAGCCAUAAUCGGCUUUUCAAGGGAGUUCGUAGGGUGGCCAAAGGCCGCCGCCACUAA